CAAAGGCAUUGGAUAUAGAUACUAUAUUCAUAUCUUCAUCCCUGAUAGCUCAUUUAGGGCCAUGCGAAACUCACCGGAGGAGCCAAACUGGUCGUGCAUAUACCGCUACACACCGCGCCUUCGCAUAUAAAACAAUCAGCAGCUAAAUCUUUACUCCUGCCAUCUUCACUAGCAUCUCCAACCAUGUCAGUCAAGAGAGAGCCCGUCAAACAGGAAAUUCCAGCACCGGAAGAAUGGGACGAAAUUCCAUUGUUCUGUUGCACGCAAGAGGAGAUCAAUGAGACGAGACACCACAUUCUCAAGUUCCAGUCUAAGAACUUUGUGGACCCCGUGAGCAACUUCAAGUUGCCUAUCCGGUUGCACCGCAAGGACCCCAAAAACUUGCAAUUCCAGUUGACGCGGGCGGAGAUUGACCAGCGCAAGAAGAUGAACGAUGAGGUGGCGAAGCUGGAGGCUGACUUGAAAACGCGGAGGGACGGCGGGGAGGACGACGAAGGCGAAGAAGGCGUCGUAGCAAACGAAGUCGAUGAGAAGAAGGUCGAUAAGUUUGAUAGAUUCCAGAAGCCAGAGGUAGACAUGUCUCAGGUAGCGCCUGACGGUGGUGCACGCAAACCGAAGGGGAAAAAGCUCUUCAAGAAGCAAACGCGCCAGAUCACGCUCAUGGACGAGGGGAAGCGAAAGUUAAGAUACGAAGAGUAUUAUCCCUGGGUGAUGGAGGAUUAUGAUGGUAAGAACACGUGGGUGGGUAGUUACGAGGCAGGGAACUCCGACACGUAUGUCUUGUUUGUGCUUGAAAACGACAAGUUCAAGAUGAUCCCAGCGGAGAAGGUGUACAAGUUCACUCAGAGAAACAAGUACGCGACGUUAACGUUGGAAGAAGCUGAGGCAAAAAUGGAGCAGAAGACCAAUGUCCCCAGAUGGUUGAUGAGACACAUGGAGAAUGACACGGGUGAGGGUGGUGUCGCCAAUGAUUCCCGCUUCAAGCGCGCGAACAACAAGAUUCGCACCGUGGUGGGGGCGCCAACCGAUGGUGGCUCGCGCGACUCUGACCACGACGAUUUGGACUUUGAUGAGGAGUUUGCAGAUGACGAAGAAGCACCGAUCAUGGACGGUGACAUGGAGGAAAACAAGUUGAGUGAACAGAGAAUGAAAAAGGAGAUGUUGAAAGCAAACACGUUCCAAGACGCCUCUGAGGAAGACGAUGAUGAUGAUUUAUUUGGCGACCGACAGGAGGACAAGGCGGGGAAGAAGUUGAGAAAGACAUUGAUCAAGGCGGAGCUGAAGGUGUAUGAGACGGAUGAGGAGGAAAAUCCGUACUUGUCUUCGGACGACUUGGAGAGUUCUUCAGAAUCUGACAGAGAAACUGUGAAAGUGAAGGAGGAAGACGCCAAAGAAGAUAAAGAGACGUCCCCGAAGAAGGGAAUUCUCAAGCGCGGCAGACCGAAGAAGCAGGUGUUUGUCAAGUACAACAAAGACUCGCUUAUCAUCAUCAAGGCCCCUCAAGCAGCUUUGUCUAUGUUUCCAGUUGGCGAAUGGAACCCGUUAGUCCCGAAGCGUGUGCUCGAGAUUGAUGAGUCGCAGUUCAAGAAGGGCAACAAGCGCCUCAAGCUCGCCCUCAACUCACCGUCCAUGUCACCAUAUAGCGGCCAGACCUCUCCGUCGGCCAUGCCUUCCGUCAAGUCUGAGUCGCCGGUGUUUACCGGCGUACCGGUAGAUGCGGACAGCUACACCUCUCUUGUGACCCCAGAAGACGUCAUCGAGGCCGUCACAGAGGGUGCUUCCACUACUAAAGAGUUAUUGAACAGAUUACGUGACCGCAUUCAUGCUCACCCUGAGAACAAGAAGAGGGUCAUUGAGUAUGUCAAGAAAUAUCUCAAACUUGUGGAUGGGAAGUUAGUUGUGAAAUAGAGCCGCGCUCGUAAAUUCUGUUGGUGUGUGUACCUUUGUAUGCAUUCCACUACGGCUAUUAAAUAUAUAUAUAUAUAUAUAAUUAAACAAUCGAGGGGCUAACCAAUAUAAAAGGCAGGC